AUGGUCGGUGUUGAGAAGCCGCCUUUGCCGAUGCGGCUCGCGAACGAGGCAAGAAUGAACGAAAUCUGCAAACAGGGCGACCCAUUCUACUGUUUCCUGCUCGAGGAGACGUUGUUAUAUUAUCCUUUGGUGUUGUUGCUGGUCUUCGUCAUCUCGGCCGCGAUACACAGCAUAUUGACGACAGCGAAAGAAGAGGAGGACGAGGUCGGCGCAGCACCUCUGGGGCCGGGCGGUAAGCGACUGCCCGUGUCGAAGAAGAAGAAGCGCCGUGACGGAGACGAACCCAAACGCAAACGAUAUGGUCCGAUACUGUCACCGACUUCCCGUACAUGGCUGACCUGGAUCUCCGCCGCCGUGUUUCUGACAUUCAUCGCCAAUGGCGUUGCCCACUUCAGCUAUGUGAUGGGAGAGCUCGAGGGCGUCAUCAAGGGACAUAAGGAGUCCCAGUCCAUGACUGUCUACCUUAUCGGGUCGCCGAAUCUCUACCUGUACCUCCUCACGACGCUCAUCGAAUGGCACGAAAGUCCGACGAUAGCUCACUUCUUCACCUGGACUCUCGCUCUGAUUGGCGAAUUGGUCAUUUGCAUCUGCACUUCGCUCAAGGCCACGAACCCGGAUUUCCAAAGCACUGGAGCAGCCCAAUUCGAGACACAACCACCGCUUCUAUCCAAGUGGGAUUUGACCGAUGUCGUUCUCUACAUCAUUCGCAUCGCCUUAAUAAUGUGUAUGCUUAGCAUCUACAUGGCUGCUUGGAUCCACAAGCCCUUACAGGAGGAAAAUAAGUCUGAGCAGCAAAACUCGUCUCAAGGCGCUGAGGAGACGACUCCUUUGCUUAAUGGCCACAGGACGUCAUAUAGCAGUCAAAACGGCCGGGACUCGAAUGGUCGAUCAGUACGAAGCUCACGGAAUGGAAGCACUGUCGGUAACACUAAUGGUGCGGCUGAGGGUGGUAACAUCACCAAGGACUAUAAGGAGCCCGGCUUCUAUCGACCCGACAAAGCCCCACAGACAACAUGGUGGGGUUACCUUCGAAGCUACACGGUUUUCUUUGACUACCAGUGGCCCAGGAAUUCGCUAUACCUUCGGUUUCUCUACGCACUUUGCGUGGUCCUCUUGCUUGCGCAGCGUGUCAUCAACCUCGCUGUGCCAGUUGUUGUCGGAUGGCUCACCAAGAAGUUGACUCUUUCAGAGGCUCCUUGGGCCGUCCUAGGGCUGCUCAUUUUUCUUCGGCUCAUGCAAGGAGGAGGCAUGCUUCUGGAUGCGAUCCGAGCCAUCUUAUGGGUACCAAUCUCACAAAACUCAUACAGGGCCCUGACAUCAGCAGCCUUCGAGCACGUCCACUCUCUCAGCCUGGACUUCCACCUGGGCAAGCGAACCGGCGAAGUUUUGUCCGCCCUCAACAAAGGCGCAUCUAUCAAUUCCUUCCUUGAGCAAGUGACUUUCUCAGUGGCUCCUAUGAUCGCCGAUCUGUUGUUAGCAGUAGGGUUCUUCUGCUACUACUUUGACGCUACUUAUGGUGCCAUUGUCAGCUGUCUGACCUUCUGGUAUCUAUUCCUUACCAUUCGCAUGGCACAGACAAGGGCAGACCAGCGAAGAAUCAUGUCCAACGCUGACAGGGAAGAAGAGGCUGUCAAGAACGAUUCCAUUAUGAGCUACGAGACUGUCAAAUAUUUUAACGCCGAGCAGUGGGAGUUCCAACGAUACCGCAACGCCAUCCAGGCGUAUCAGGAUGCUGAAAAGCAGGUAACAUGGGGAGUGAACAAGAUGAACGUCAUCCAAGCCUUGGUUUUCAUGCUCGGAUUCAGUGUGGUGAUGGUCUUUGGAGCCUACCAAGUCACCAUAGGAGGAAUGGACGUGGGCAGGUUCCUGACCCUCAUGACCUUCCUCAACCAGCUGCAGGCACCUCUGAACAUCUUCGGAUCCUUCUACAGGACUAUCCAACAGGCAAUGAUCUCGGGCGAGCGUCUUCUGGAACUGUUCAAGGUGAAAGCCACAGUCGUCGACACUCCCGGCGCCAAGCCCUUGCUGGAAUGCCACGGCAACAUUCGAUGGAACAAGGUCGCGUUCAACUAUGACCCAAAGAACAAGGCCCUAAAGGAUCUUGACUUUGAGUGUAGGCCUGGCACCACCACGGCGUUUGUGGGCGAAUCUGGCGGUGGCAAGUCAACUGUUUUCCGCCUCAUGUUCCGGUACUACAACACAUCCUCCGGCAGCAUCGAGAUUGACGGCCAGGAUGUCAAGGACCUUACUAUCGAUUCAGUCAGACGUUACAUCGGUGUCGUCCCUCAGGAUACCACAAUGUUCAAUGACACCUUGAUGUACAACCUCCGAUACGCCAACCAGUCAGCCACCGACGAGGAGGUGUUUGAAGCUUGCCGCGCUGCCAGCAUCCACGACCGGAUUAUGACGUUUCCUGAUCAGUACAACACCAAGGUUGGAGAGCGCGGUCUCAAGCUCAGUGGCGGUGAGAGACAGCGAGUUGCUAUUGCGCGGACGAUUCUCAAGAAUCCCAAGAUCAUCAUGCUGGACGAAGCCACUUCGGCCCUCGACGCACACACCGAGCAGCAAAUUCAAGAUCGGCUUGGCCACCUCGGCCAGGGCAGGACACUGCUGAUCAUUGCACACCGCCUGUCUACCAUUACGCAUGCUGACCAGAUCAUCGUCCUCAACAACGGCACCAUCGCCGAGAAGGGCACUCACGAGGAACUGGUCAAUGCCAACGGACGAUACGCCUCGAUGUGGGAGAGACAGGUGCAGGCAGAACGCGCUGCUGAGAAGGCUCGCGCUGCUAGUAGGAAGGCACAAAAACUCCUCAGAAAGGCGAAUAUCGGUGGCCUCAAGAAGCAAACGGACGGACACUCUGACGGAUACACUAGCCUUGACUCGUCGACUAUCCUGCCGGGCAGCUCAGGAAACAACUCCAAGGCCGGCACUACGGGAGAGGACUCAUCCAGCUCCGGCAGCUCUGACGCAGAGUCGAUUCAUAGUGCUCACCACGACUCGGACCACUCAGAUCGCUCCAAUCACUCACAUCACUCUGACCACUCACAACAUUCUCGACGACACUGA